GCAGAACGGACGGACAUAUUGUGCUAGAGAUAGAUCCCUUCGACGACGAAGGCUACCCUCCUGUCACAAUGCAUCGCCAGGCCGUCCUGCGUCUGGCUCGCCAGACCGGCGCUUUUCCCUUGGGCGAAUUGCCUCCUCCAUACCUCGCUCCGUCCCUCCAUUUCUCCCUCAAUCGGUCGCCGGCCCAGGCCUCGAACUUUUCGUCCACCGCUGUCGCCGCGGGCCACGGACGUGACCUGAGCAAGUCUCGCGGUGUGUCCGCCAUCCAUCGCACCGGCCCGAAAUUCAAGCUGGGUGUUUCGAAGUACCCCUUGCCCAAGCCCGUUGCUCGCGGCGAAGUCGAAAAGCGUCAUCCUACCCCCGACCAUGGACUCUGGCAGUUCUUCCCCAAGGACCGACAGGCAUUGAGCAGCCCGGAAUAUGAUACCGCCCACGGCCGUUCAUGGUCGAUUCAGGAACUCCGCGAGAAGUCGUGGGAUGACCUUCACUCUCUAUGGUGGGUCUGCGUCAAGGAGCGCAACCGCAUAGCCACCUCCAACCUGGAGAGAGAGAGACUGAAGGCCGGUUAUGGUGAAUACGAGGCGAACGAGCGAGACCGUGUGGUUCGUGUUACGCAAAACGGCAUCAAGCACGUUCUGCGAGAAAGAUGGUACGCUUGGGAAGAUGCUCAGAAGCUUUACAAGGAUGGAUAUCGGCCGCAGCACCAAGAUACUCAGGAUGCGUCCUACCCUGCAAAGUCGGAGGAGCCUGAGAAAGCGUGAAAUCCACCUUUGGUUAUGUCAUUGAAGACACGCGGUUCAGGGCUCUAUUGACGGGUGUCCACCUUACUGGUCUUGUAUUAUUGUAUGUAGUAUAGUUUGCAACUUCCCUUUCUAUCCAUGCAUUGGCUUGCUUCAGAAUCUAUACAUUGUGCUC